UAAGCAACAAAAUGGCAUCCAAAUGACAGAAUUUUGAAACACUAGCGCUUUCGUGUAAAAAAUCAUAACUAAAAUCGACGUUUUUCUGUAUCGAUCUUGACAGUUGUCAAAAUUUUUGUGGAAAAAAAUUGUGUUUUUUUUUGAGUUUUUGGUGAGUGAUGGGACGUCGUAGUCGGUCGAAAUCCCCCUACGGGUCUAGACGUCGGGAUAGGGACCGGGACAGGGACAGGGAUAGGGAACGGGACCGGGAGCGAGAGAGAGAGCGCCACAGACGGAAAAGGUCGAAGGAGAGGUCCAGGGAUAGGGAAAGACGGCACGAGAGGGAACCUCGACGAAGGUUUUCGCGGUCUUUGACGAGGUCCAGAUCAAGAUCUGUGGAGAAAAAAUCGAAGCCUUUGCAGCCGGAAAGACCGGUUGUCACUGCCGCCGACUUGGAGGGUAAAAGUGCCGAUGAACAAGAAAUGAUGAAGUUGAUGGGUUUUUGUAGUUUUGAUACCACGAAAGGGAAGAAAGUUGAAGGGAAUGACGUUGGUGGUGUUCAUGUUAUCUUGAAAAGAAAAUACAGGCAAUACAUGAACCGGAAAGGGGGAUUUAAUAGGCCGUUGGACUUUGUGGCGUGAAGGGUUUUAUUUACCUCAAUCAUCAGGAGAAAGACUUGAUACCUCGGUGUUAUGUAGUAUACAAAGUUUUGAAAUGUUAUUUCACAUCUUUGUUGAUGGAUAAGGAAAGGACUUUACGGGUUGUUCAUCAUCUUAUUUAAGUUUCAUUUUUAUUUGUAAUAAUUCAAUUUUUGUAUUGAUAAACAUAAUAAAUGAUUAACUUUCAA